ACGAUUGCUGUGUCGGUCUUCCACGUUGUAAGCGUGGGGAAAGAGUCGUUCGAGUUGUCGGGUUGGUUGGCACUUACAACGGGAUGCCGAAGUUGACUCCGUCGAUUCUUUCACUUUCAUAGAAGCCGUGCCUUUUUCCAGUCAAGUUCCACUCGCUUAUAUCGAAAACAUUGUGAAAAAAACUUCAAAAAAUGAAGAACCUUCUCAUUUUCCUGUUACUCGCCUUUCCGGUCGUUAUUUUCACUGCAAAUGGAGGAUCGGGAUUUGCUUACGCUCAAGAUGAAGAAACAGCCGAUGAGAUGGUGGACGUUGAAGGAGAGGAUGGUGCAGUGACAACUGAAGAGGAGCCGGAAGAAGAGACAGUGACAGCAUCGAAGGACGUGGACACGACAAUUUUAUUCAUAGAACCGAUCCACAACUUGCUCAAUACUCUUGAAUUGCCAGGAGGUGUCCCUGUCGAAUUUCUGAUUGGUUUCACGAACAAAGGCGAGAACGAUUUCAUCGUCGAAACCGUAGAGACCUCUUUCCGCUAUCCCAUGGAUUUCAAUUUUUACAUUCAAAAUUUCUCAACGGUCGCCUACAACAAAAUCGUGAAACCCGAUCACGAAGCGACUCUCGCUUACUCGUUCGUGCCAUCCGAGACUUUUGCCGGAAGGCCUUUCGGCCUGAAUGUCAACUUGAAUUACCGAGAUAUUAGUGGCAACGCUUUUAGCGAGGCUGUUUACAACGAGACGGUGCAGAUUAUCGAAUUGGACGAGGGCCUCGAUGGUGAGACAGUAUUCCUUUAUGUCUUCCUUGCCGCUUGUGUCGUUCUUACGCUAGUUGGAGGCCAGCAAUUGCUCUCGUCCUUUGGUCGAAAAUCGCGAUCCACCUCCUCGCGCAAGGCUCCAGUUGAGAUGGGAACUUCGAAUCCCAACAAUAUCGACUACAGCUGGGUGCCGGAGGAAACCCUCAGACUAUUCGACAAAUCAAAGAAGAGCCCAAAGCAAAGCCCGAGACAGCGAACAGCGAAGAGAACUGCAGGCUCCGACGACUGAGGUAUCUGGGGUCAACUUAAUGUGAUUAUUUAAUAAAUUCGCCCUGAAGGGGGUCGAAAAGCGUCAUUGCUUUCAACUCAACAGAUGCAGACUUUUCUAAACAGAGUGUGAAUAUAUAGGACUUUGUUAAUUAAUAAUUUAUACAGUUAAGCCGUUUUUCCAUCAUCGAAACAUGAAUAGUUUUUUUUUUCAGUAAACUCUUCCGUAGUCGCUGACUUAAAAAACUCGAAUUUUGACUACCGGAGAAAUGAAAAUUCUCACUAUUUUCGCACAUUGCACAAAUAUCCAUGUAUAAUUUGGUACUUUGUAGCUUAUAUCGAUCAAGAGUUUCUGUUAAUAUUUAUUUGAUUGUUCACGUCGAGUGUUUAUUUUUUUUUGCAAUUUUUACAAUUUUCGAAAUUGUAAAAUUUAUAGUUUAGUUGGGAUAGAAUUAAUUAAUUAAUUAAUUAAUUAAAUGAGAAAUAAUUGGAAAGAGUACAAAAUUUCGAAGAGGAUUUUCGCUCUUCGCGAUCGUAUUUAGCACAAUUAAAUAAAUUUGUGAAUGUGUGUUCCAUCAGAGUGUACUCUUUUUGUUGAACGUAAUUAAAAUAAUUAAAUUAAUUGAAAAAUUGCAAAUCUGGAGAGCCUGCAAGAUUUAUAUUGAAUCAUACUUAGAAUUGUAAAUAAAACUUUCAUAGAUAUCUA